AUGGCGUACUACGAAGCGAUCCAGAAAGUCAUGGGGCUGGGCUCGAAGAGUCAGUCGGAAAGCAGUCCAAGACUGGAAUUUACGAAGAAUGGCACUUUUCACAUUUCCGUCUUUAAUGAUUUGCACUUUGCCGAGGGUAAGUGGGACCGUGAGAGCUGUGAAAGCUCGAAGAGCAGAGACGCGGUGGCCCUUGUCAAUCCGAGAAUGCUGAUGUUCUAUCACCUGCUCUCAGAUGCAGACAACGACGUCAAGACACAGGAUGUUAUUUCCAAGUUGAUCGGCAUGGAGAAGCCCGAGUUCAUCGUGGUGAAUGGAGACCUGAUCUCGGGCGAAGCGACCAGAAGCUCCAAUGCGGACCAGUUCAUCGACCAAGUCCUGAAGCCGCUCAAGAAGGCGGAUAUUCCUUGGGCGUCCACCUACGGCAACCACGAUAGUGAUGCCAACCUAGACCCAGUGCACAACAUCUACAACCAUGAGAAGACUUAUAAGAAAAGCUUGACAAAGAGCAUGAUCAGGUCGCCGACAGCGGGCGUCACCAACUAUUAUUUACCGGUCUAUGCACAUGGCGCUUCCGACGAGACCCCCGCGCUUAUCAUGUGGUUCUUCGAUUCUCGGGGGGUCGUCAAAUGGUUCAAAGAAAAGAGCAGCAACUUGACCGAAGAGUAUGGCAAGACCAUCCCAUCUCUAGCUUUCUACCAUAUCCCCGCGCAUGCAAUGGCCAAAUACCAAGAUGACUAUUACGACAAUCGAACAACACCCGGCAUCAAUGGCGAGCGAGUCGUCGCCCAGGGAGCCGGUGCAACAGACUACACAGGCCAAGAUACCCGCUUUAUGCAGGCGCUGCUGGACACGCCUGGAUUGAUGGCUACCUUUAGUGGGCAUGACCAUUUGAAUGACUGGUGUUUCAAAUGGAACAACGGCAUCGAAGACCAAAACCUCACCGGCAAUGGUCUCAACAUGUGUUAUGGACGACGAACAGGCUACGGCGGGUACGGAGAUGUGGCGCGCGGUGGAAGGCAGAUCCUGUUGCACGAGAAGCACAUGGCCAAAGCUAUUGAUACUUGGGUCCGUCUGGAAGAUGGGAGCGUCUCAUCUGCCAUCACGCUCAACGCGACAUAUGGUGAAGAUCAAUACAACGAGAUGCAGUCGAGCAUACUGCGCGUGGUGACAUCGGGAACUUCUGAUGUACAUUCAGCGUCUUUGCUGCCAGUGAUGCUUUUCUGGAUGUUCAUGAUUGGGUUGCAAUACAUGAGACGGAUCUACUGA